GGGCCGAGUAUACUCCAAUAGUCAACUCAUUCGGAAAUGUUUCAUGCAAGGUGCCACCAAAAAAAAUCACGCAGUCUGCUUCCCGCAGACUUAGUAUACAAGAAUUAUAUGUCAAGGGUAUACAUGGAGGUAAUAAAUCACGGUACAUGUAUGGUAGGUGGAAUCUCCGAAAAAAAAGUGGGACAAAGUCACCCGGGCCUUGCUACGAUUGAAAGUGAUGAAGAGGCUAGUAAGCAGGCCAUUGUCUUGGAUCGUAAUUCAUUCGCUGUGUUUGUCUGGGGAAAGCCAAGGCACAUGCUCCUUAAGUUAUCUACAUACAGUCUUCCUCCGAUGCAAUUGCAGCAAACUCACACCUGAAGACAUCGAAAAUGGAGAUGGUCUUGCGGUUGAUACGGAGCCUCACAUACCUACGCCUUGAUAGUGCAACUUCCAGGUUUUUUUGAACCAAGUAUUCACAAAUCCAUUUACAUUCUAACGGUCCUCAAGUUGGAGGCAUCAUUCACUCUCUUGGAAACAUUAUCCUUAGUUUGGAAGGGCUUGGACAAUAUGAAUCUGUUUGCAUCUUGUAGGGGAUCUCACUGGGACACAAGUUGAAAGUAUUGACACCACCCGAGUCCAAG